AUGCAGAAGUGCUUUGGGAUUUUUUGCGUGUCGCUCAUCUUCUGCGCAGCUCUCUCUGAGACCAUCGGGCUGGUCAUUGCGGCAAAGGAGAAGCGUGGCUGGACUCUGAACAGCGCUGGCUACCUGUUAGGUCCCCGUCGUAUUGAUCACCUAAUUCAGAUAAAGGAUUCUCCCAGUGCCAGAGGCAGAGACGAGCUGGUCACUCAAUAUGGAAUAGAUGGACACAGGACUCUAGGAGACAAGCCGGGACUGGCUGGCAAGAGGGACAUGGGUCAGGAAGAGGACUUCAGAACAGGUGCCCUAAGAAUAGCAGAUGAGGACAUCAUCCACACUAUCAUUGACUUCCUGUCGUACCUCAAGCUUAAAGACAUGGGAGCCUUGGACAGCCUGCCUUCCUCUGUGACAUCAGACGAACUGGCCAAUCCCUAA